UUCUGGCACGGCGACAGACACACGUACCAAGACAAGGUGUGCGUGUUCUCUGACUGUGUCCGAGGGCUCGCCUGGUCAAUCAAUAUUGCAGACUAACGUAGGAGCGACCUCUGCUUUCCUCCCUUCCCUCCAUCGCCUGAAGCACCUUGAGUCCGGCCUAUCCGACGUCUCCGCAUAUUACCUCGCACGAGUCGUCAGACGCUGCCUCGGAUUCACGGAUGUCUCGUGAUUCGUGCAGAAAUAGAUUGCCGUAUGCACCCUACACCCAUGUCGAUCUUCGGCCUCUUCCGGAAGGAGGAAGGAAUAAAUGCCUUCUACUCUCCACAUCCUCUCCGGAAGAAUACACGGCUCCACUAGUUCUCGAACGCAAGGGUAGCAUCGAGGCUAUCGAUGCACAGCUUCUCCAACACCACACAUCAUUGUCAUCUGCCUGGCGCAUCAUACCAUUCCCAUCAUGCUGCUCUUCCCACUACUGACGCUUCUAGCGUCAACGCUGUUCAAACAAGCCCUCGCCUUCCCCAACACGCCGCUCACAUCCUCAAACCGUGACAUUCUCGACACAGCCGGCAACAAGAUCGUAUACAAAGGCGUCAACUGGCCGGGCGCUGCAGACGUCAUGAUCCCCGAGGGCCUCCAAUACCAGUCCAUCGCCAACAUCGUGAGCGGGAUCAAAAGCCUUGGUUUGAACGUCGUGCGCUUGACGUUUGCCAUUGAGAUGGUCGACGACAUUUUCUCCAACAGUGCGAGCUCGACGCUGUCCAACGCGCUCAACAAUGCUCUGGGCUCGACGAAUGGUCCGACAGUUCUCGCUCAGAUUUUGAAGAAGAAUCCGCAAUUCACUGCGUCUACUACUCGGCUUCAGGUCUUCGAUGCUGUCGCCGCAGAGCUCGCAAACCAAGGCAUCUGGGUGCAUUUGGACAACCACAUGUCCAAGGGGAAGUGGUGCUGCAAUGGCAACGACGGGAACACAUGGUUUGGAGAUUCCGAAUUCGACGUCAGCAAAUGGCAGCGGGGUCUGGCAUACAUGGCCGACCACGGCAAACAAUGGUCCUCCUUCGCAUCAAUCGGUCUCCGCAACGAACUCCGCCACCAUGACUCCUCCAGCCCCGCCCAACCCUACGACUGGGCGCACUGGUACGAAGCCAUGGUCCCCGCCGCAGAAGCCGUCUACAAAACCAACCCCAACAUCCUCAUCUUCUUCUCCGGCCUCGACUACGACAAGGACAUCACCGCUCUCGUCAACAAACAGCACCUCGGUAGUGGCCACUACUUCGACCCGCGCUCAUUCGACUUUGGCAACAGAGUAGUCAUGGAACUGCACAACUACCAGAACAACGCGAAGACGUGUGACUCGAUCACCAGCGGGUUGAACCAUGCGGGAUUCAACGCCAUGGACGUCAAUAAUAGCGGGUACUACCAUGUUCCUGUCGUUCUCACGGAGUUUGGGUUCGAUCAGAACGGAAAGGACUACAAUAGUGUGUAUGCGCAGUGUAUUAAGACGUUUAUGACGGGGCAGCCGGGUGGGCCUGGGGGUUGGAUGCAGUGGGCGCUUGGAGGGAGUUAUUAUAUCCGAGAGGGAACACAGGACUUUGACGAGACGUGGGGACUGUACAACCACGACUGGUCCGCGUGGAGGGAUGCGAAUGCUAUUGCAUACACCAAAGCAUUCGCCCAGGCAUCUUGA